AUGAAUACGGUAUCUAUUUGUCCUCGAUCGACUCUCGUGGGGACCUUGUCCGCUCCAUCGUCAUCCUUACUUAUUCUACCAGCCACUGAACAUUAUCCAACGCAGAUUGUUGCAGGUGGAAUAAACGGAGAAGUGUACUUUAUGAAAUACGAUGGUAGUACCGAUGUAGUGAAAAUGCCGGCCAAGAGUAAUUCCCCAGUAACUGCGCUGGCGUGUGGGAAUUUAAGAGGAAGAGUUCGUAUGAGACCUGAGUUAAUAGCUAUUUCGGCCGAUGGUUUCCUACAGUGCGUACAUCCUCCAUACAGCCAUGCAUCAAGUGUGUAUAGUCAAAUAGUUCAGUCAAAUAUCGCAGCAGCAUACGUAACUGAUGUUGACGGGGAUGGGCAAGAAGAACUGGUAGUAUUUAUGACUGAUAGAGUAGCAAAUCAGAAAGAGAGAACAUUGGCAAACCCUGGAUGGGGAGUGGCUGCUGCGGCUGCCGUUCGGCACAAAAAUUUCAAUUGCCUCGUGACAUUGGAUAUCACCGGGAACGUGCUUGUAUAUGGAUAUAAUCAACGCAGUGUAACGAAACCUGAGAUCACCCCACUUUUAUCGUUCAAAACGUUUUCGUAUGCUACAUAUCUGGCAGUCACUCUCUGUGGAGAAGUACUUCUUAUUGCGGUGAAAGGCGUCGUGGGAAGUGUGGUAGUGUACGAGGUUCCAGUGAAAAAUAUUAUCAACGAACUCAGUGUCUAA